GUCCUACAGUUAACGCAGGUAGAAGGACUUCUUCUCACAGUUACUCAUUCGGAGAGUCUCACUGACUCGCUGCCAUGGAGGUGAACGGCACAGCCAACAUCCUGUCUUCAGCUUUUCUGGCGGUGGAAUUUGUGGAUUCAUUUCUUCCGCAAAAUCCACUGCAGGAACCUUUUAAACAUGCGUGGAACCACAUGCUGCAGAACUACACCAAAUUCCAGAUUGCCACCUGGGGCUCGCUCAUCGUCCAUGAACUCAUUUAUUUUCUCUUCUGCCUGCCUGGAUUUAUCUUUCAGUUUCUUCCUUUCAUGCAAAAGUAUAAGAUCCAGCCGGAUAAACCAGAGACAUGGGAGAAACAGUGGAAGUGCUUCAAGAUGCUGCUGUUUAAUCACUUCUGUAUACAGCUACCGCUCAUCUGCGGCACAUAUUACUUCACUGAGUUCUUCAGCAUCCCUUAUGACUGGGACACCAUGCCCCGCUGGCCUUUUCUACUGGCCCAGUGUUUUGGUUGUGCUGUAAUUGAAGACACCUGGCAUUACUUUCUCCACCGAGCUCUACAUCAUCGCAGAAUCUACAAAUACAUUCAUAAAGUUCAUCAUGACUUCACUUCUCCAUUUGGCAUGCAGGCAGAAUAUGCCCACCCUCUUGAGACUUUGAUUCUGGGUGCUGGAUUCUUCAUUGGCAUCAUGGUCUUCUGCAAUCAUAUGAUCUUACUGUGGGCCUGGGUCACUUUCCGCCUGCUGGAAACCAUUGAUGUUCACAGUGGUUACGACAUUCCUCUGAACCCCCUGCAUCUGAUUCCAUUUUAUGCUGGAGCUCGUUUUCAUGAUUUCCACCACAUGAAUUUUGUUGGCAACUAUGGCUCUACAUUCACCUGGUGGGACAGACUUUUCGACACCGAUUCCCAGUUCAACAAACAUUACUCGCAUCAUAAAACUGUGAAGAGCGACUGAACAGCAGAAAUCACACACAAUGAUGCUUCACCAUCAUCUAAAAUCUCUCAGCUCUUAUGGACUUCUCUUUGGCCUUUGGUUGGUCUGAUGCCCCCCGCUGCACACGUUCAUUGUAAAGUAUUUAAUAUUGGACUGAAUGAUUUUAAAUCAUUUCCAGAUUCUUAGAGAAUAUGUGCCUUUGAGAUGGGAAAACGUCCCACAAACAACUUUAGACCACUGGUCACAGUACUCCAACAGACUGGUUUUCAGGAAUUGUGCCUGUUUUCUGUGCUUUCCAUUAUUACAAUCAUUCUUCGGUUUCAAAUAAUGAUGACAUCAUUCCCUAAAAGCACUUUACUUUCACCUAAACAAAGAUGCAAUGUUUUAAAUUGUUAUUUUUGUAAUGGCUUAUUUUGCUUUGUUGCCUUACACGAUUUAUUUUCUUGCAAAAUUUCUUUAUUUUGUGACUGUACACGAUGACAACACAGAGAAUGUUAAUGUACAAUAUGCAACAUUUAUCAAAUCAUUCUGUUUUAUGGUUCAUGAGGGUAAAAGCUAAUUUAUUUGUUAGCUUGUUCAUUUGAAGGCAACUUAAAAAUAAUAAUAAAUAAAAAUAAAAACAGAUUUACAAGAA